UUUCACCCUCUGGGCCACUGUACUACACCUCCAGUCCAGUAGGUGGGGGUAGAGCUUCUUGAAGCAGUUUUACCAAACGCUAGAAGAAGAAUCUGUAAAGAGGAAGUAAUGUCCUCCGCUCUUUCCCGUCAUGUCCUCUGGGAGUCUGAGGGGCUGGUGGCCUACCUCCACCCACGGCCCUGGACCCCGGGCUCCGUUAUCCUGGAGAGCCGGACCCCCGGCAGCCCGGGAGGAAGCAUCUUCCACCUGCAGGAGCCGGAGUACCUGUCCUGGCUGCUGGGAGCGAGAGCCGUGUCCCAGCUGCUGUGUGAGAGGUUGGGGGUUCGGAGGUGUGCGCUGGUCAGCAGACCCCACAGAGACAGGCCUGCCCAGAUGUGUGUCCUCCCCUUACAUGGUCUGGAUGCCGAGUGGCGCCCUCACCUGGCGGGAGAGGAGGAGCACAACGCCCAGGACCCGGGGUACUGCACGUCUAAGACAGCCCCCAGAUGGAGCGACUCAAGCCUGACUGAAAUCCAAACCAAGAUUCGAGCCAAACUCCCGUCUCCGGACGCAUCCCCCAAUCUGACUUUCCUCGGGGCCGACCCGGCUCACCCCGGGCUAUUCUCACGCAUUGUGCGUGGGGAGGAGCAGCAGUGGCGCGUGUGGGAGGACGAGGGUCAUGUGGCCUUUCUCACGCCUUUCCCCAACUCCCCUGGAUUCACUGUGCUGGUCCCACGCCGACCUUUGACCUCUGAUAUAUUCAGAUUAGAAAAAAGGGAUUAUGAAGGAUUGGUGCUGGCGACUAAGAAAGUGUCCCGACUUCUGGAGGAGGGGUUGGGUGCCUCUGGGGUGGGGCUCAUUUUCGAGGGUUUUGAGAUUGACUAUGCACAUGCCAAGUUGAUACCGCUGUUUUCCCCUCCAUCAUCAAGGGCAGGAAGUGACAUCACUGAACCUAGCACGCCCCGGUUCUACCCCACCUACCCUGGAUACGUGAGCUCAGAAGAUGGACCUGAAGCCAGCCUGGAAGGUCUGAAGGAGAUACACAGCAAAAUGACUCGGGUUUAAAAACGAUUCCCAUUCAUGUGCUCCGACGUCAUCUAACACCAACCCCAAGGAGGUCGCUUUAAAUUCAAUCUGCACCAAACGGCACACACAGAUAUCAGGUCCCUAGAUAUGCCUUAAUUUAUUUUCAGCAAGAUUUAUGAAUUAUUCUCUGGGAAACCAGUAAAAAUGUAAAUCCACCCACUGACCCAUAAAACAACGUCUCAUUAAAAACUGUUCAGUUGUUUUUGUGUAAUUUUUCUUAAAAAGAAACAAACAAAGGGUGAAAACUUAACCUUCUUGGUGGAGGCAAAAAUAAGUUUCUAAAUAAUGAUCACAAAGAUAAUUCUGAACUUCAAAUCUUUUCAAACAACGUGUGCAGCGAGUUUCUAAUCAGAAUAAAUAUGCUGUGUUCUUUACUUA